UGUACGGCUUUUUGGAUUGCACUUUUUCACAGACCAAAUACUAUAUUAAAUAUAACAAACCUAGCCCGUUAUUUUGAAUCUAUUAAAUUAGAAUUUAAAAAGGUCCAAUAUUUUCAAUUUUGAUUUUUAAUUUUAGUAUUUUACUAAGCUAAUACAUAGAAAAAUAUCUAUGUUUACAGUUUAUUAUCGUUGGAUGGCAGUAUUCAGCGCUUCUGCAGCAUUGCAGCUGUGGUGAUUGUCCAGAAAAUGAUAAGGACUCAAAUAAAGAUACUUGUGGUGAAAUGGCGGCAAAAUGAUGCCUUGAUCACAGACCUUUUGUUCAACCAAUUGUUGAUUGAAGUAUUUGAAAACAUUAUACUUUAAAUUAUUAAAUAAACUUGCUUACAAAAGUAUUGAUAAUAAUCAAAUAUGAAGAGAUUAACUGCCAAAUUAGUAUUCAUGGGUUCUCAGGGUGUUGGUAAAUCCAGUAUAAUCACAAGAUACAUAAAAGGAGAUUUCAAAAAGGAAUGUGAAGCAACAAUUGGUGCCUCAUUUAUGUAUGCUAAAGUUACAUUACGGGACUAUCAAAUUACUUUAAAAGUUUGGGAUACAGCUGGACAAGAGCGGUUUCGUAGCUUAGUACCAAUGUAUUACAGAAAUUCAGACGCAGUCGCUAUUAUUUUUGAUGUAUCAGACAGAGAGUCAUUUAAUCAAGUUAAAAAUUGGAUUAAUGAAGUAAGAAAAAAUACAGACACACCUGUGGUUUAUUAUGUAGUUGGUAACAAAACUGAUCUAUUAGAUACACGGGUAGUAAUGUUUGAAGAAGCUGAAGAAUUUGCUAAUUCAGUGAAUGCUCAUUAUUGGGAAACUAGUGUUUAUUCAAACACAGGUAUUCAAGACUUAUUCACAAAUAUUGGUCGAAACCUUAUAGAAAUAGUAGAAAGUUCAAAACCACCAGUGCAUUUAAAACUUGAAAUUGAUCCAGAAGAAGUUUCUAACAACGAUAGGGUAAAUAAUUCUAAGAUACAAUGUUGUACCAAUUGAUAAUGUAAUUUAAUAUGUCUAUUACAAAAUAUUUACAAUGUAUAUAAUAUGUGUUAUGCAUUUAACAUUAUACUGAGUGACUAUUUUUAAAAGCUAAGUAAAAAAAAAAAACUGAGCCAUUCUAAUUACUUUUAUCUAUUACUAACACAACUAUGAACUAAAAACUACUUGCUAGGUUUUAACAUUGAUUAUUUUUUUUACAUAAAAAGACAUUUUUAAAUGAAAACAAAAAAUUUUAUUGUCUUUUAAGUAUAAGGUUUAUUAUAAUUAAUUUGUCUUUCACAUAAAUCACUUUAUUGUCAUUGACUGGUUAAUAUAAUUUUUAUGUAUUAUAAAUCCAAAUAAAAUAUGUAGAUAAGGAUGUGCAAUGUGCGUAAAAUAUACAAAAGUUUAAAAAUAGCUGAUAAAUCUAUAACAGUUUUGUCAAGUUUGUGCUUUUAAUUAUUAACGUUAUGUAUUCGUAAUAUAUUUAUUUUUAUUUUACUACAA